CACAAAAGUAAAUGAACCGAAUACAAGCAGGUAGAGGGAAAGCAGGUGCAACCUUGGACUGGAACAGGAAAGACUGACGAAGCCAGACAGAGAAACACACUACAGCCAUGGCAGCAGGAGCCUUGACGUGUUUGAUGUUCACACUUGUUGGUUUGAAUGCACUCGCAGCUGCUGCAGGACUGGCAUUAUUCGCAGUAGCCAUUUGGGUAGCAGUGGAUGGGUAUAAACUCUACCCCAUAUCUGGUGUAUCAGGGAAAGAUGACAUCUUUGCUGCGGCCUGGAUUGCCAUUUUUACAGGCUUUGCCUUCUUCCUCACAUGCCUCUAUGGCAUCUUCGCUGCCCUGAAAAGAAGCCGCACAGCCCUGCUGCUGUACCUUGUCCUAAUGUUCAUCAUCUUUCUGUUCGAAUGCGCAUCUGCCAUCACAGCAGCGACCAAUCGGGAUUAUCUGGUUGGACACAGUGGCUUUGUAAAGAAACAGAUGCUGCAGUAUUAUGGAGACAGCUCCCCACAAGGAAAGCAGAUUACAUACACCUGGAACAAUGUGAUGCAACAGGUCGAGUGCUGUGGAGCGGACAGUCCACAAGACUGGAUAAUCUAUAAUUCCACCUUGAAACAGAUAAAUGGUCUACAGUACAAUUGGCCCCUCAGCUGCUGCAAGAGACUGAGUACUUUUGAGGUGGAAGAUCCAGCAGGCUGUAUUGUUGGCAAGAACACUGCCGUAUUUAACAAGGGUUGCUUCCCGUACAUUGAAUCUGUGUUGAGCCGUUACACCUGGGCCGUGAGCUGGUAUGGUUUCUCCGUUCUCAUGCUUGUGUUCCUCACAUUACUGAUCGCCAUGAUCUACUACAUGCAGCUGGAAUAACCGUAUAGACUUUGGAUGACACAUCUGAAUCUGCGGCACAGAUGGUUCCACUCUUGGUGUCGCAGAAUAAUACACAAGAUUGCAGAUUGCACAUGGAUAAUUGAUGUGACUAGUUUCCUCCAUAUAAUUACCAUACAUUCCGUUUUUAUUAUGUUCUAUAAUUUGACCUCCAUUUAGCACAAAAGGAAUGUUCCAGGUUCAAUACAAGUUAUUCUUGAUCAAGAGCAUGCAUGUCAUAAUGAGCUGCAAUGAUGUUGAAGUUAGUUAAAAACGUAAGAACUAAUGAGCAUCUCAUUAUGUUAGGGGAAAAAAGUUAGUAAAUUCAAAUAUAUCUUUCAUUUUACACGUUUUAUUAUGGAUGCGUUUUUACGGGAGCAUUUUUUAUUAAUAAUAUUGAUCAAAUAGGUUCUUCAAAUGAUUGUAUGAAUUAGUCAGCUUUGCUUUAUGCCACAGUCUACACUUGUAUUUCUUCCUGCAUGGAUAUUUAAUAUAAAAUUAGCUUUGAAAUGCCUAUGAACAGAACAUUUGUUUUGUAAGAUUCUUUGCUGUACAGCUAUUUUUAUAACUUACUUAACAAUGUUUCUGUGUUUAUCGAAUAAACAUUUGACUGUGCUGAUGA